GACGCACCUGUUGCUUCCCUCUCGCGCGAUUUCGCCGUUGCGCAGUACACUCUCCAGUCCGCCAUCACCGCGAACUAGCUAGCGUUAGCCGAAAACACCGAGGAGGGAGCGAGUGACAACAACAGACAGCGGGGACAGACGGGACCCGAUUCCGAAGGGGAAGGUCAAGGAGUUUGCCCCUACCGCUUCACCAUUUGCUUGGAAGAUAAUCGCAGCCGCUUUUAAUGUAGUCUUUCGUGUUGACUUAGAAACGACAGUCGCCCCCCCAACUAAACAUGUCCAAUAUUAAAGGCAGCACCAAGAAGGACACCAAGAUGAGGAUACGAGCCUUUCCUAUGACAAUGGAUGAAAAGUAUGUCAACAACAUCUGGGACCUUCUGAAAAAUGCCAUCCAGGAAAUCCAGAGGAAGAACAACAGUGGGUUGAGCUUUGAGGAGCUUUAUAGGAACGCCUACACCAUGGUGCUCCACAAGCAUGGGGAGAAGCUCUACACAGGCCUGCGGGAGGUUGUCACCGAACACCUCAUCAACAAAGUGCGGGAAGAUGUCCUAAACUCUUUAAACAAUAACUUCCUACAAACACUGAACCAAGCUUGGAAUGACCAUCAGACUGCUAUGGUGAUGAUCAGAGACAUCCUCAUGUACAUGGACAGGGUCUAUGUUCAGCAAAAUAAUGUGGAGAAUGUGUACAACCUGGGCCUAAUAAUCUUCAGGGACCAGGUGGUGCGCUAUGGGUGCAUUCGAGACCACCUCCGACAGACCUUACUGGAUAUGAUCGCACGUGAGAGGAAGGGAGAGGUGGUAGACAGGGGAGCAAUUAGGAAUGCCUGUCAAAUGCUGAUGAUUCUCGGUCUGGAAGGCAGAUCUGUAUAUGAGGAAGACUUUGAAGGUCCCUUCUUAGACAUGUCUGCUGAGUUCUUUCAGAUGGAAAGCCAAAAGUUCUUGGCAGAGAACAGUGCCAGCGUCUACAUCAAGAAGGUGGAGGCCAGGAUAAAUGAGGAGAUUGAGCGGGUGAUGCACUGCCUGGACAAGUCCACAGAGGAGCCCAUCGUCAAGGUGGUGGAAAGGGAGCUCAUCUCCAAACAUAUGAAGACCAUUGUGGAGAUGGAGAACUCUGGCCUGGUUCAUAUGCUCAAGAAUGGCAAGACUGAAGACCUGGGCUGCAUGUACAAGCUUUUUAGUCGUGUGCCAAAUGGUUUGAAGACCAUGUGUGAGUGCAUGAGUUCCUAUCUAAGAGAGCAGGGCAAGGCUCUGGUGUCGGAGGAGGGAGAGGGCAAGAACCCUGUUGACUACAUCCAGGGCUUGCUGGACCUGAAGACGCGAUUUGACCGUUUUCUCCUCGAGUCCUUCAGCAAUGACAGACUCUUCAAGCAAACCAUUGCAGGAGACUUUGAGUAUUUCCUCAACCUCAAUACUCGCUCACCAGAGUACCUGUCCCUCUUCAUUGACGAUAAGCUCAAGAAAGGAGUCAAAGGGUUGACAGAGCAGGAGGUAGAGUCAAUCCUGGACAAAGCCAUGGUGUUGUUCAGGUUCAUGCAAGAGAAGGACGUGUUUGAAAGGUAUUACAAACAGCACCUGGCCCGCAGGCUGCUCACCAACAAGAGUGUCUCCGACGACUCUGAGAAGAACAUGAUCUCCAAGCUCAAGACGGAAUGCGGUUGUCAGUUUACAUCUAAACUGGAAGGGAUGUUCAGAGACAUGAGCAUCUCCAACACCACGAUGGAUGAGUUCAGGCAACACUUACAGUCCACAGGGGUGUCUCUAGGUGGCGUUGACCUAACAGUAAGAGUUCUCACUACAGGCUACUGGCCCACACAAUCAGCCACGCCCAAAUGUACCAUACCCCCCUCCCCGAGACAUGCCUUUGAAGUCUUCAGAAGGUUCUACUUGGCCAAACACAGUGGUAGACAGCUGACACUCCAGCACCACAUGGGCUCUGCUGACCUCAAUGCGACCUUCUAUGGAGCUGUCAAGAAGGAGGAUGGUUCAGAAAUGGGUGUAGGAGGGGCCCAGGUGACAGGCUCCAAUACCCGCAAGCACAUACUUCAAGUCUCCACUUUCCAGAUGACCAUUCUCAUGCUGUUCAACAACAGGGAGAAAUCCACUUUUGAGGAGAUCCAGCAGGAGACGGACAUCCCGGAGAGAGAGCUGGUGCGAGCACUGCAGUCGUUGGCCUGCGGGAAGCCCACUCAGAGAGUCCUCACCAAGGAGCCCAAGUCCAAGGAGAUUGAGAAUGGUCACGUGUUUACAGUCAAUGAUCAGUUCACUUCCAAACUGCACAGAGUUAAAAUACAGACAGUUGCUGCUAAACAGGGGGAGUCGGACCCUGAGAGGAAAGAGACGCGGCAAAAGGUGGAUGAUGACCGGAAGCACGAGAUUGAGGCAGCCAUCGUCCGCAUCAUGAAGUCCAGGAAGAAGAUGCAGCACAACGUCCUGGUGGCAGAGGUUACCCAGCAGCUGCGGGCGCGUUUUCUUCCAAGUCCUGUGGUCAUCAAGAAGCGUAUAGAAGGACUAAUAGAGCGAGAAUACCUGGCGAGGACACCUGAGGAUCGUAAAGUGUACACCUAUGUUGCAUAGAGGGAACAGUGUGGAGGAAAAAGAGACUGGAAAGGAGGGCAUGGGAUAGAUUUUUUUUUCUCCCCUUUUGGACUGUUUCGCAUGGACUGGAAGUUUCUAAGAUAAAUGCUGGGAAGCUGUCAUCAUCCCGUACCACAAAACAAUCACAAUCUGGAAAAAAAAAAAGAAAGUCAAAUUCAAAUGAAUCCAUGAAGUGUUAGAAGAUUUUUUUUUCUCUCUUUUAAGUGAGUUCCACUCUUCCUUUUCCCUGUGAGUUUUAACAUGGAUGGAUCCAGCUUCAAGCUUUUCACUGUUUUACCCUUGUAGAGAUCGACCUUACAAAGAAUCCCUUGGGGGGUGGGGUGGGGGGGAGGCACCAUAUUGUUUUUAUUUUCAUUAUCUAAAAAUUGAAAUUAUGGAAAAACAGCGGGAAAUGUGGCUUGU